UUCAACUGUAUAAACGUAUUUUAUGUUAAAAACCCAUUAUUUCAGUUUCGGACUCUUUCCUCAGGUAAGUCUGACAGUACACCAUACAUCUUAGAUUGUUUCUACUGUUUUCCUGGUUGACCAGAAACUUUCUGUACUUUUCUAGUUUGGUUAUUUUCCAAGACUGGAAAUCUUCAUCUGGGGAAAAACUUCCUCAGGUAAGUCUCACAGUACAGUGUACAUCUCAAUCUUGAUUGCUUUAGGAUCUGAGCUUUUUUGGCUUUCUUCAAAAUUUGCAAUUUGAUUUCACAUUGAGCUCAGCCUAUAGUGGUCAACAGUGACUAGCUAGCUAAUUUUCCUGUGAAAUUUAUUUUAUUAGAAGAUGGGUUCAAUCCAAAAAACAGUUUACUAUUGCUCAGUAUCUAAAGGGGGUCAACUUCUAUAUGCAUAUAAUAAUGGUGAAGAUCUUGAUAUUGAGAACUUGGCUGCAUUGUGCUUAGAAAGAAUUCCUCCUUUUCAUAAAUGGUAUUUUCAGACUAUGGCUAAAAAGACUUUUGGGUUUUUGAUUGAAAGUGAUGAGUAUGUUUACUUUGCUAUUGUAGAUGAGGGUCUUGGUAAUGUUGAAGUUUUAAGGUUUCUUGAACAAUUAAAGGAUGAAUUUAGAAAAUUGGCUAAAAGGGGUUCUUGUUGGACUAUGUCUAAUCUAAACUCACUUUGUUUACAAGAAAAAUCAAUUCCUGUUAUUUUACCAUGUCGAAAUGUCAAUGGGCAAAUUGAGGGUGAUGCUUCAACAAAAGUGUUGUUAUUGGGCAAGCCUAGUAGACAAGAAAAGAAGAAAAAGAAGGAUCAUGUUAUUGCUAUUAGAGAUAAUGAGGUGGAGGAGCAGCAAAAAUCUACAGAACAAGUUAUGGUUGAAUCAGCAGUUCCUCCAAUUUUAUCACAGAAAGAGUUGAGCUUGGUAAGUACCAUAUCAAGAUCUCGAAACUUUCAAAGGAGGUGGUGUCGCCAUGUACGCAUUGUCCUUGCUAUUGAUGUUGUGGUAUGUCUUGUGUUGUUUGUUAUCUGGUUAGUUAUUUGUGAAGGUACAAAGUGCCUUCACUAAAGUUGUUCUGCUGAUAUCUUCCCUUAAUACUUGGAGCCGAGGAGGUCAUUGUUCAAACUUCUUUUGAAGUACCUCAGCAAAGUGUUGCAUCACGAAAGGAAUUUUUGAAGAAAGUCGAUAAUGAAACUUAUAUCAAGUAUAAGUUUCAUCAAAGUAUAGUUAAAAACUCAUGUUGUACAGGAAUCACUUUGGACGGACAGAGUGGGGGAUGCAGUAGAUUACAAGCGAUGCGAGGUUCUUGUUGGUCUAUUAUUGUCCAAGUUAGGUCAGGUUCAUCGUUACUCUUUGUAACUUCCAUAUGAGUGCUUCAUUUAAAUAUUUUAAGUGUUCUUUCUUUUCUAUUUGGAUUGAGACGGGGCUAAUUGGAGCAAUAUGGAACCAACCCCGACUUGUUUGAGGUUGAGGCAUAGUAGUAGUAGUAGUUGCAAUUUUUUCUUUUCCAUUGCAUCAUGUGUAUAUACAAGUGCCUGGUUACACGUCUAAAGAUAUUUUUGCUGCUUUCAUCGAUUAAAAGUUCGCUCUGAAGUUAAAUAAUACAACAUUUCUUCUUCUGCUA